AGCAGCUAGUGGGGCAGCGCUCUUCCUCCUCCCUCAGUUUAUAUGCGUGUCGAGGGCUCUUCAACAAUUGCACCUUUCUCCACCCUCUUUCUGUACGAAUGAGUAAACCUGUUGGGAAUCAUGAGUAACUCAAAGUUUCCGAGAGCCAGGGUCAUGUAUUACCAAGUCUACGACAGAGGUUAAGGUCCAGUAAGAAAAUCAUCUUCUGCAUUUUGUUGUUGUUGUUGUUGUAGUAAUAGUAGUAUAUGGGGAGGAUGGAGAUUAAUAACGGGAAAGAGAAGGUUAAGUCGAAGGGGCUGAUAAAGAAGACACUGGAGCGGUGCAGGAUCAAGAGCAGGAGGCAGGUGGUGGGGAUGCCGCCGGAGGGGUGCUUGUCGGUGUACGUGGGGCCGGCGAGGGAGCGGUUCUUGGUGCGGACCGAGUGGCUGAACCAUCCUCUGUUCAUGGUGCUGCUGGAGGAGGCGGAGAUGGAGUUCGGGUACGCCACUGCUGGCCCCCUCGAGCUCCCCUGCGACGUCGCGCUCUUCCGCAGGGUGCUGUGGGAGGUGGAGCAGGAGGCGGUGCAGCUGUUUUCGCCCCGGUGCAACUUCGCCAUCGGCCAUGCCACCGCCGGAUACUUCCUGCUCAGCCCGGUGAGGCCCAUGAACAUGAUCACGACCGGCGGAGUUUGAUCGUGAUGCCUCUGCAAGCUGAUGACUCGUGUCCUCUAAUUUCGUGAAGUGGAUUAUCUGUAAUCAUCGUGUUAACUACAUAGUAAGUGAUGUUUGAUCCAAUAAAGUUUGUAUAUGAAUGUCCACGUUUCUGAAAAUUUGUUUUUAGCUUUCCAAAUUA